AUGGGAGUGCCUGGGUUGAUUGGCUUCCUGCAAGCCAUCCAUGAGCCUUUCCAUAUCCGCGACUUUGCCGGCAAGACUGUCGGGGUGGACAUUGCCAACUGGCUCUACAAAGGGAGCUAUGGGUCUGCGUUGGAGCUGUUCAAGGACGUGAACAGCACAGACGGGUACAUCAUCUAUUGUGUGCAGAGGCUGCAACUGUUGCGGACGUUCAACGUGCGUCCUGUGGUUGUUUUUGAUGGCGCGCCUCUUCCCAUGAAGGCAGAGGAAAAAGCAAGCAGAACCGAGAGAAAGGAGGAGAUCUACGCAAGGACUGCGUUCUUGCUAUCCGAAGGCAAAGAGGCCGAAGCUGCACAGGAGAUUCAGCGAGGCCUUGACGUCAGCUUCGAAAUGCGACACAAGAUGGUCCAGGUCUGCCAACGUCUCAACAUUGAGUAUGUGGUGGCCCCCUACGAGGCGGAUGCGCAGCUGGCGUUUAUGGCGCGUCAAGGCCUUGUUGAUGCUGUCAUCACAGAGGAUUCGGACUUGAUUGCUUUCGGUGCCGCGGAUGUUCUCCUCAAGAUGGACAGCAACGGGCGUGGAUUACGUCUUCGAUUUCACCGCCUCAAUGAAAUCAGCAUUCGUGAUGGCAAACGCACGCUCUCCUUCAAGAACAUGACACUUGAACAACUCCAGCUCUGCUGCGUGCUGUCCGGCAGCGAUUAUCUCCCAAAACACUCGAAGUGGCACAUCAAAGGGAUCAGCCUGAAGACGGCGUGCAAAUAUGUUCUUCGACACGGAAGCACUACGCAGCUGCUGAACACGCUCCGAAGCAAACACGAUGUGGCAAGCGGAUUUGAGGAGGUGUUGGCUGACGCCAUGUUUGCCUUUCGUCACCAAAUUGUCUGGGAUCCAACAAGGGACAGGCGUUGUCACCUCACACCUCUCCCACGACGACGACGACGGCGUUUGUGUGGUGAUGGUGGUGAUGGUGAUGAUGGUGAUGACGAUGAUGAUUGGGAGGAGCAGGGCUUCCUCUUGAAUGAUGAUUAUGACGACCUGAACUCGCGUCUGCAAGGCAUGGAGGAGGAGGAGGAUGACGAUGAUGAUGAUGAAGCCGACAGCGAAUGGACUUUCUUCAACUUUGCCCUGGACACUCGGUGCACGAAGGCCGGGGUGGUGGGUGUGGCGCAUGGGCGUGGUCGCGCGCGUGGGAGUGUUCAUCCGGAGACGGGCGACGCAUUGCAGGACGCAACAUUCUCUCAGCGCCUUGAGGAGUGCAUUGCAGCCGUCAACGAGAGGGAGAAGAGGAGAUCCAAGAAACAGGAGGCCAAGUACAAGCGCCCCUUCUGGCAGCGCAAGCAGAACCGCCAGCCAACACUGCUCGACAAGUUCCUGCAGAGCCCACGCAGCAAACCUGUUGGCUGGAACACCACCACCACCGCCACCACAACAGCUGCAACCACCACCACCUCGACCAAGGCGGCGCUUCGGCGGUCUCCACGGCGACCACGCCAACAGCACACACACGCAGCGCGCACCCUUCAGGCACGGGCAGUGACGACCGAGCCUGGUGUCCGUAUUGGUGUUGACCUGUCCAUCUUUGGGUCAUCAACAGGAGCAGCAACAGAAACAACAGCAACAGCAACAGAAACAACAGAAACAACAGCAGCAACGGAAGCAGGAAUAUCAGGCACCCUGAACGUUAGUAGCAGCAGCAGCAGGAGGAGGGGCGAGACGGCAGACAGGAAAGCGCUGUCGUCGUCGCCACUACGAACGUCGCGAGCACCGCGAAAACAUGAGCUUGAUGGUGAUCGUGGUGAUGAUGACGGUGAUGGGCUGAGUACAUUGGCUGCAGUUCGCCCCAUCAAUCUCUCGCUGGAGAGCGCAAUUGACGUGGACAGCGGUGACGAGCACGAUCAAGGCAAUGACCGUGCAGAUGGUGGAAGCGUUAGCACGGGUGGUGGCACGGACCAUGACGCCAGCGAAGAGAAGAGUGGUGAUGGACAGUUGCGUGCAGGUACAGCAGAGCACGGACAGCGAAGCGAUCAAGGCACAGCGCAGCCCUCACUGAAGACCGACAGCGGCACGGGUGGUGGUGGUGGCGGUGGUGAGAGCGACAAACGCGAUGGCGGUGAUUGUGACGAUUGUGACGAUUGUGGUGGCUGUGGUGGCACAGCAGAGAAGGAGGAGGAGGGUGAGGAGGGGGUUGUGCAACAGUCGUGCGUGCCGGACAGCGCUGUUGUUGACGACAGCGACGAGGCAGAGACGGACAUGUCCAUAGACGCGGCCGUUGUUGUGCUGAGCAGCGAUGACGAAACGGAUGUCGACGGCAGCUCAACGCUUGGUGCCAUGCGCACCCCUUCACCGUCAUCUGCACAGCGCAAGCGCCGCAGCCGUGCUCAAACACCUCGCACCCGCUCGGCAGCCACGCCCACGUCGCACACGCGCCGAAGCGCCAAGACGCCAAAGGCCAAGCAGCAGCUGUCCUUGCUGGAUAUGCUGCGACCAAAGCGACCGAAGAGCGCAUCGUUCACGUGACACCUGACACGAAAAUCUCAGCUGUGAACGUGCUCAUGUAUGUGUAUGUGUGUGCGUGUGUGUACGCGCGUGUGCGUGCGUUGUGUAGCUGAGGCUAGCUGGUGGGUAGGGCUUGAGUUGCAGCAGCUCAAUUGCUUGUUGUGAUG